AUGCUUCCUCGCCAGCAUCUUUUGAAGCCGCCAACGUUCUUGGCGCUUCGGCUUCUUUCAUCAAGCUCUGUGAGAUCAAAAUCCAUCUUCGACAUUGGCACCAAAGUGAUCGCCAACUCGGACAAAGCCAAGUACAGCGACAACAAAUACAUUACGCAUCCAGCGUUUCCCCAUCCCAAAUGGACCGACGAGCAAGUGGCAUCCGUGUCGUAUGAACAUCGGCCGCCCAAGACAGCAAUGGACCGCUUCGUUUUCCGCUGUAUCUCCACGGUAAGAACCACCUUUGACUUGGUCACGGGAUACAAAAAGCCCAGGACGCCCGAGGAAAAAGAGCAUCGUUUCAAAGGCACUCGCUGGGAAAUGACCGAAAGCAAAUGGCUCACAAGAGUGAUUUUCUUGGAAAGUGUGGCUGGCGUUCCAGGCAUGACGGCCGCUUUUCUUCGCCAUUUGCACUCUUUGCGUCUCAUGAAGAGAGACAAGGCGUGGAUCGAAACGCUUUUGGACGAGGCCUACAACGAAAGAAUGCACUUGUUGACGUUCAUGAAGAUUGGCCGGCCUUCGUGGUUCACCAAAGUUUUCGUUUUCGCCGGCCAGGGCGUGUUUUGCAAUCUCUUCUUUUUGAUGUAUUUAUUGCUGCCUCGGGCGUGCCAUCGUUUUGUCGGCUACUUGGAGGAAGAGGCUGUCUCCACUUACACCCAUUUGAUUGAGGAAUUGGAGGCUAAGCGGCUCCCCAAGUUCGAUGGAAUCACGGUUCCCGAAGUGGCCCAGCUCUACUGGCCCGAGUUGAAUGAAAAGUCCACUUUUCUCGACUUGAUUCAGCGCAUCCGUGCUGACGAGUCCAAACACAGAGAGGUGAAUCACACCUUGGCCAACUUGGACCAGAAGGAAGACAGAAAUCCCUAUGCCAUGCAACUUCCCGAUGUGGAUAAGCCCCAGCCUACAAAUGACUUGAAGGGCAAGAACAGAGCAGGCUGGGAACGCAAAGACUUGAUUGUCUGA